AUGAAGCGCUCAUCCCCAGCUUUCCCUACCCGACACGCCUCCUUCCCCACUGCCAGUGGUCACCGAAUCAUGCUGCCGUCUGCCCGCCGUAGCAUGAGGUUAUUGAUGAUGGCCGUGCUUGGGGUGGUGUUUUUAAUAUGUUACUUGAGUGCCAACGCAAGUCGAAUCCAGAAUGAAGAAUUCUACCAACAAACCGUCGAGGCGAUAGAUGCCAGAGCCUCGCGGAGACUCGGCGAGAUGAGCGGCGGCGGCGACGACGACGAGAACCUCUUCCAGAAGCUGCGGACGACCAAAUUGGCGCCGGAGGAUAGGCAGGCGAUCGCGGUUGAGCGGCAGAGAUAUGAGAGCCCGCUAAAGAUGACGCCUCCUGGUAGCGGUGGUGAUGGUGGUGAUGGUGGUAGUGGUGUUGGAUCAAAUGAGAAGUCUAUCGCGGGGAGGAAGAAGAUGCCUGCCGUCUCGCAGCCUGCAUUAUCGGAGAGUAAUCAUGAGGAGAAUCUGGAGGUGGAGGCGGAACUUAAUGCUAUUCUUAAGAGGUCGCCUGUCAUAAUAUUCUCCAAAUCCUACUGCCCCUACAGCCACAAAGCUAAAUCCAUCCUCCAAUCCAAAUACACCAUCACCCCCGGCCCCUUCGUCGUCGAGCUCGAUAUGCACCCUCUCGGCCCGCAGCUGCAGGAGGUCCUUGGGCGCAACACCGGCCGCAGAACCGUGCCAAACGUCCUCGUCAAUGGCAUGACCAUCGGCGGCGGAGAUGAUAUCGAGGACCUCGAUGUUACGGGCCAGUUGGCGGCGAAGAUAAAGACUCUGGGCGGGAAGAGGGUUAUGGAGAUGCGGGUGAGGGAUCAGGGGACGUCGCUUUGAUUUUGGAUGAAUUCUCUCUCUCUUUCCUUCCUUCCUUCCUUCCUUCCUUCUUUCUUUCUUUCUUUUCUCUUUUCUUUCGGUCUUCCCUUUUAACGGAUGGACAGAAGGUAGAACAUGGUUUCUCCCUCCCU